UUCCUUACUCCGCCUUUGCCUCCCCCCUCUCCGCUCCUCUCUGUCCUCUCUUGCGGUGGAACGACCUGGAAAUGGCGGCAGCUCUCGCUCGUCUCUCGCGAAGAACCCUAGCCGUUCGACCCCGCCUUAUCCCGCUCCACCGCCUUCUCUCCGCCGACGCCACCGCGGCGGCGGCGGCGGCGGUGGCGCCUCCGCCGCAGACGGCGUCGGAUCGCGUGAAGUGGGACUACAGGGGGCAGCGGCGGAUCAUUCCCCUGGGGCAGUGGGUCCCCACGAUAGCCGUCGAUGCGUACGUGGCCCCCAACGUCGUCCUUGCCGGGCAGGUCACCGUCUACGACGGCGCCUCCGUCUGGAACGGUGCCGUUCUCCGCGGCGACCUGAACAAGAUCACCGUCGGGUUCUGUUCCAACGUCCAGGAGCGCUGCGUUCUCCACGCUGCCUGGAAGUCUCCCACAGGACUUCCUGCUGAAACAUCCAUCGACAGAUAUGUCACUAUUGGUGCUUACAGUCUCCUUCGGUCAUGCACAAUUGAGCCAGAAUGUAUAAUUGGUCAGCACUCCAUUCUCAUGGAGGGUUCACUGGUAGAGACCAAUUCAAUACUCGAAGCCGGGUCUGUGCUUCCCCCUGGUCGUCGGAUCCCAACUGGCGAGAUUUGGGCUGGCAACCCAGCUCGUUUUGUUCGAAAGCUGACCCACGAAGAAAUCCUAGAUAUUCCAAAACUAGCUGUGGCCAUUAAUGAUCUGAUGCAGAACCAUUUCUCCGAGUUCCUUCCGUCUUCCACAGUUUAUUUAGAGGUGGAGAAGAUGAAAAGGGCCCUCAACAUUUCCAUUUGAAAGAUGAGUGUCUAGUUGGAGCUGAAGGUACAAUAAGCAAUGGCAAAAACUAGAUGUGUAUUUUUUGUCAUCAAAGACUUCAGAUAGUUUGCUUUCGAGUCCACUGGUGAAUGCAUAACAAUGAAUGUUAGUUUUCUCUGAUGGCUGAAUUGGCCUUCCUUUUCUAUUGUUUGUUUCAGUAGCUAAACCUUCCAACUCUCUUUGGUUCUUGCAAUAAUUGAAGGAAAUAUCUUGGGCAUGUACUACAUACUGUUUCCUGAGCACCUUCCUUUUUUAAGAUUGACCAUAAUGUAGAGAGCUGAUGUUGGUCCUCUCAA